AUGCCAGAAGCCACCCCUCCUGUGGAGCGAAUAAGGCAGUUCGCCUCAACCAUCCACCACCUAUGCGAAAAUCGACCAGACCAGCAAUCCUCAAGGCAGGAGAUCCUGCGUGAAUGGGAGUCCUUCAUGCUGGGCUGCGUGGUGGAGCUUGGGGCCCUCCUCGUGGACGCGGGGCCUGUCAUCGAUUCCUUGCCGUGCUGGGCUCUUGGCGCCAUCACCGAAUACGCACGAAGCCAGGAAGACACUGCGUACAGCCCCUCCCCUUUCCACAUCAUCCGGAUCCUGGGCGCGCAGGAGGGCAGGGCGUUCGUGGGCCGCGAUGAUGGGCCACUAGGGGUGCUCCCCUUGGAGCAGAUCACGGUCGACUGGGCCCCCGAAGGUGCGCCCUUCCCCACCAUUCCUGCCGCCGCGUCUCAUGCGCCUCCAGCCAUUGCCUUCGUAUCUCGCCGCCUGUCCCCAAAUCUGUCUCACGGAUCUGGCGGCUCCGUGGGCGGCAUGCCCAAUGAAAGGGCGAUGCGUCAGGGGCGCGCCCCCAGUAGCCAUGCUGCGGGCCAGCCGGAGAUCGGCUCCGCGUCCAGUCGCCCCGAAUACGGCACAAAUGAUGCAAAGCACCAUGGGGAAAGCCGCGGCAGCCCUCCGUCGGCACGGGAGGCCAGUCCCAUGGCCACACCGUUAUCCGGCACAGCUCCGAAAAAGCGGGCACGUGACGAAACAGCCGGGGCGGGGCGAACCAAAAAGCCGCAUGAAGUGACUGGCAGUAGCACCCCCGGGCCAUCGGGACUCCGUGAACUGGCGCGACGGAGUGCCAACAGCAGAGGCAAGCGCGCCAUCCGCCUCCCACCACUGAGCCUCCAGAACAUGGCGACAACAAGGACGAAAGGCCACGGCUGGAGUGCCCCAGCCGCGGGAGUCCGCCCUGCAAGCCCGGCCUCGCGAGGCGCUUCCGGGCGGGUCAAUUCAUCCGCAGGUUCCUCUCCUUCGUCGUCGUCAUCCAGGCCAUCCAACAGUCCUCCCGGGAUCGCCACGCCUCCACCGCCCGAGGCACCCUCCAUUGCUUCUGCCCAGUCACGGGGAGGGAAAAGGCCUUUUGUUCCACCAGAGGCCGGGAUUCCAGAAUUUCCGUUGCAGCUCACCACAAAAUACCCGAUUGGCCGAAUGCCCUAUCACCCUCAAGACCGCGUAGACCGGCGAUGCGGCUCCUGCAAGCUGUUCGGGAAGCAGUGCGAGUUUUACCCCCUCGACCGCAAGGCCACUUGCCUCGUCUGCCUCAAAAAACACUUGCCCUGCGAGCUGAAUGCCAUCUCGGGUGGAACCGCUGGCGACACGGGCCGUUACAAGAUGCUUCGGUAUGGGAUUAAAGCGGCAAACCCGAAGGUUUACGGCCUCUGGCCAGUGGAAGUCUCUGAUCAGCUGUGGGGCAUGAAGAGAGCCGACAUCCCAUCGUGGGGCGCGGAUGUCAUCGCCUUCUGGAAUGACAAGCGCAAGCGCGAUCGCGCGAUCGCUCAGGGGGAUGUCAUCGGCCUCAAGUACCCCCGGGAUUUCAGACGGAGGCUUGGGGAUGUCACGAUGAGCGAGGGCGAGCUUUCAAAGGAUCACCCGGCCUACAUGGCGCACCGGCGAAGAAGCGGCGCCGCCGUCAAGAAGGACAACGGUGCCGAGUUUCCGUCGAGCUCUGCGGGUGGCUCCAGCGGCUAUAGCACACCGACUGAUGACCAACGCCCACCCAAACGGGCCCGGAUGAGGCCGCCUAUGGCUCUCAGCAGCCACGGCAGUCCUGGGGCGACGCCUCCCUCAGUAGAGCCCACGGGAGCGGCCGUCGAUAUGGAGGCCGACCCGUCUCCAGGCAGCGUGGAGGGCGCCAGCAACACUGUCACGCACAGGCGCCCCAUUAACCCCGCCUUCGCUCCUGCACACCCUGGGAGCGCGCCCCAGUGGGGUUUCGAGCAAUUGGAGGCUCGUCUCACCGCCCUUGAGUCCCGGGUCCAGGCUGGAUGCACAGGCUGGAGGCCUGCGGCCGGGCCCGUGAUGAGCGAAUUGAUGGCCUAG